ACUUCGACUGGAUCCGUGCUCAGUUCAAAGUAGGAGCUGGAGGUUACGUGUGGUGUGUGUGUUUUCUUGAGUGUUUGUCUACAUUAUCACAUUGAUCUGUAUGUAAAUACAAAAGAAAAACGGUAAUGCGUUAUAUACGCUUCGAGGAGAAGGAGUAAUUUUAACCAUGGGUUACAAAGUCCUGUUUUUUAUUUUAAUUGUGAGCCAUGUGUGUUAUAGUGGUAUGGAAGAAGAAGAAGGUGUAAAAUAUGCAAAUAGAUGUGAAGUUUGUAAAAUAUUAGCAACGGAAUUGGAAUCAAGAUUAGAUGAAACGGGGAAAACGCACGAAGUUUUGGAACUUGGUUAUUCUGUAGAUGAUGUGAAGCCGAAGCGGAAGACCAAAUACCAUAAAUCUGAGUUGCGUCUUGUUGAAUCCUUAGAUGGUCUUUGUGAAAGGGUGCUACAGUACAACAUUCACAAGGAACGUAAGGACAGCUCAAGAUUUGAUAAGGGCAUGAGCCAGACAUUUCAAACACUUCAUGGCCUAGUUAACAAAGGUGUGAAGGUAGAGUUGGGGAUUCCGUAUGAGUUAUGGGACAGGCCAUCUGCUGAAAUCACAAACAUGAAGACUCAGUGUGAGUCACUGUUAGAAGAAAAUGAGCAAGCUAUAGAAGAUUGGUAUUUCACUCACCAGGGAGAAGUUUCUCUGAAACAGUUCCUUUGUUCAGAGAAAGCCCUUAAGGGAGAAAGUGAUAAAUGCCUGGAUGAGCCAUUCCCAUCAUUGCUGUCAAAAGAAGAAAGAACAGAGUCCCCCCCAAAAAAGAAGGGAAAGAAAGUAGAUAAGCAAUCCAAAGAGAAUACUGAUGAUAAGUUAGAUGUAGAACCUGAUAGCCAAGAGUCAGAGGAGCUGGUGACUGCAAAAGGGAAGGAAGAACUUUAAUGUUUCAAGCAUCAUGAACUAAUGAAACCCGUUCUUGCCUCAGGGCCAGUGACAGGAAAUCUCAUGCACCUCCAAUGAAAUAUGGAUUGUAACUACAUGUCAGUAAUAUUUAGUAAGAAAACAUUCUAAGAUUCUAAUUACUGGGGGGGAAACAGUUGAAUCUUAUGUAAUCAUUAAUGUAAGAAAUUUUGAAAUCUUCAGGUCUCCCAGAAUAAUCAUGUGUAUUUGACUGAAGAUAUUCUGUAAGAAUGUCACUUGGGAAAUAUAUUUUUUGUUGAAGUCCAUCUACUCUACAGACCAGGGUAUCUCAUACCUUGUGUAGGCAAAAUGUGAAAGAAAAGUCCUGUGUAUGUAUGUUGGAAUCUCCUACCAAUGUAUGAAUACCAGGAGUAUGUUGAAAAUAGAUUCUCAACAGAAUUGAAAUCUGGAAGUCACAUACAUGCAUGCGAAGAAAUGUAUCCUGUGUCAUUAUUACAGACAUUAAGAAAGGGUGGAAAAAAUUUUGCUCAAACUAAUUCAUCUUUCAGCCAUUACUUUCAUAACUGUUGCAGAAAUUGAAAAUGGGGAGAUGGAGUAUGAGAGAAGUGGUCACCCUCAAAAAUUGUCCCCAUUUGCAGUGUGCUGUUCUGUUUCAUUUCCCUUUAUAAAAUGUUGAAUACUUUUAUUGAAUGUAAGCAUUGCAUACAUGAGUCAGUUUUAUCAUGUGUCAUUAAGAUUUUUCCUCUUAAAACUGAACCAGUUUGAAUGUUAGUGCUGGGCUAGUUUUGUCUCUUUAUGUAUGUAAUAUUUGUCUCAGAGAUGGCUGUGUAAUUUGAGUACACAUUUUGGAACUCCCAUCUGUGUGACAGAAUGGAAAUCGAUGGGUUAAUUUACUGAACUGCGAACUUUUAGUCUUGUGUAUUACAGUGAGUGUUGGGAAAAGGUUUCAAGUGUAAUAUUGAUAUCAUUCUCCAAUUGGGGAAAGCUGCUUAUGGUUUUUGGUCUUGCACUAAACUUGAAAGAGUUUUGCUUGAGUUAUAAUUGAAACAUUUGAUGUUUCUUCCAUAACUGCAUUCUGUGGGCAUGUGAACCUCAGCACUUAAACUUUACUUACAUGACAGUUGUAUCAGAGUGUGUUACACACAUACACACAUAGUACCAAAGCAGUUUCUGUUAUUGAGGAAAAUGCACAAAUUGUGUCGGUCAUGUAGUGUACGAAUGAAAGUUACACAUGUUCAUUCCUUGAUUUAUGAACAUCUCUGCUUAUGAAAUUUCACUUUAAUACCAUUGAUCUUUCAGUACAUGGAUUUUUUUAGUUUUUUAUGUACUUUGUGCCAUUGCGCUGAGUAGUACAGUUAAAUAAUACAAGUGUAUGCAUAGUUCUCACAGUCUCACUUAGCCUCAUUCUGUCAGUUGCACCCUGAGAUUACAGUAGUUCACUUCUGUACACAUAUCGAAAACAAAAAUAUAUUUUCCUGCUUCCCUCAAUAUGAAAUUCAGAGAACAGCAUAAAAAUAUUAAAUAUCAAUAUUAUUACAUUAUUAUUGAUAGAAGUGAAGAGUUUAAUGCUUCAUAAACACUGCAGACAGUUCUAUUUCAGAUAGAAGAUUUAGAUAUGUGUCAAAGUGCUUCAAAUAUAUGUACUUUGCAAGUUACGAAGAAGGAAAAAAAAAGAGGUGCACGAUUAGGGAAAAUGAGUAUGCAGUUAAAGGCCCAGAUUCAGCACUAUGUUAUCCUAAGUUUGAUGAUAAUUCAAGAGAAAAUGAAGAUAAUAGGGCAGCAUUUGGAUGAUGAUGAUGAAAAUGAAGGAGUGAAAAGCUUUCACUUAUGUUCAAAUUGCAUAAUAACGAAGAUUCUUGUACAUGCAAGCCAAAAUUAAAAUGCCAGAAUUAUGAUUUUAAAAAGUCUUUUCAGGAAUAUUAUCAAAUCAAGAAAACCAAAGAAUGAGUGUUUGCUUAUUAGACAUAUUACUUAUUAUCAUACAGCAUAUUUAGUCUCUGAUUUAAUUUAUUUAAUAAGUAAUAAAAGUGCAUAGCACUGCCAUACAAAGAGAUCUGCUUAUUGGCCACUAAACAUUUUCUUUCUCAUUAUUUUAUUCUUAAAAAAUAUAGAAUAUUGCUGCUUUCAAACUCUUUACCUUACUAUUCAGGGUCACUGGAUUCAUAUGUGAUCAGACCAGGUAACUUAACCAUACUGAAUAAAGAAUGACAUUUUAACAUUGCAUUAGGUACAACAAUGCAUUAAGUUAAUAUGUGGUUAAAUAUUUGUGUUUGUAGCAUUAUCAUAUCACACUUAUAUUAAAGUUGAGGUUAACAUUAGUAUAAUUCUGGCAGUAGGUUCCAGCAUAAUAUUCGAGACUGUCAUACAGCCAUAUGUAAAUGGUUCCAUUCUUUAGAAUAAUUGAACUGCCAAGUUCCCCUGCUUUGUAUUUUCAAGAUCCUAGGUACAAAUCUGAGCUCAGAAACUGGCCAUCAUAACUGGUUUCUCAUGGUGUUCCUCAGACCUUCCAUGUGCCAAGGUGGACCUUACAUUGUCACAACUCCUUCCUUCCACAUCUGUUCCAAUUCAUUAUUCAGUAAUAUCAUCUGAUACUAUAUAAUCUUGGCAAUUGAAAGUGCCAUCAUGUAGACCAAGAAUUAUAAUAAGAAUAAUUGUACACUGACAUAGAGUAUGACAUUGGUAAUUUUAUAUAAGGAACAAUGGUUUAUGCUUUGAUAAGGACAUUCCCCCCUGCUGCAGAAUAUUAUCCUUUUUAGCCUAAUGCCUGAAACAUUUUGGUUUUUGAAUAUAGAUGCAACAUAAUAUAUUUGUGUCAUCUCUUAAUAUUCCUGUCAGUGAGAUGUCUUAUGAUCAUAAUUAGAACUUCUAGAACAGUGGUUCACAAACUUUUUCACUAAACACACCCUAGAGUUAUGUAUUAUAAUUCAGGGCACCCCUUCAGGUAUAAUAAUGCAGAGAUUUUAGCUUGUAUUAUAACACCAUGGCAUUUGUGUUAGAUCACAGAACAAAGAAGUAACAUUUCAGCAGUCUUCUUGUGAAUCAUUUGUUGGGAGUGCAAGGUCAUUGUUUUUUGAUUGCAAUACUGUGAAGUAGCAACAUCAUUUCUUUGUAAUUUGUAUAGAAUCAGCUUCAUACGUUCAGAACAAAUUCUUGUACCAGCAUAUAUAUAAGUGAUGAACUCUGAUCAAAGUGUAACUGUGCUGAAUCACCACGUGAGUGUAUGCAUAAAAAUCAGUAGUUAAUAAAAUAAUGAUCUACAUAUCAGCACAUGUAGUGUCACUUUGCAUGUCCUGGCCAUCCAACAAGACUCAUAAAAGAGUUCACCUGACAUUCUACUCUUGUCACGUGAACAGGUUUCAUGCUACCAACUGAGUUACCUGGGGAGAACAGGAUUUUUUGGGGGGGAUAAUACCCUGAAAAAAGUAAAUUUUUAUGAUAAAUUCAGUUGAAAUACAUCUUUUUUUACCUAAUUGAAUCACCUCUUCUCUAAACGCCCAUCAGAAUUACUAAUCCAAAUUAAAAAAAAAUAGAAUCUUUAUAUUUUAACAUUUGUCAGCAUCACUUAUCACCAAAUAAAGAUCACUGUGCAGAUUUUCAUUUUAAGUGUUUUGGUUUUACUUGUUUUUGGAAUUUUAUUGUUGUAACAAAUAUUGGUCUGCAAAUUCCAUCCCUGAGGAAUAUGAAAAAAAGUUAAAUCAGUUCCAUCAUAUUUCAUGUCAUACUUUUUUAUCUUCCCCAUAUGCACCAGAUACAUGGGUAAAAUAAUUAUGAGUCAGUUGAUCAUGAAGAA